GGACCUUGUGAUAACCUCCUUCAGCCAGUUUCUCCAGCUUGCAGCUUGUCAAGAAAUGAAGAUCAACGACCGAUUGCAAUUCGGCAAGGCUAAAGGAAUCGGGUUGGCCGUCUCCAUCGUACGAAAAUGUAGACAUUCGAUCAUCAUCGACGUCGCCCAUAUGUGCUGCAAGAGAUUAGGUUUGAAAGAGUUCGUCGUGAAUCGUGAUCACUAGCACUGGUACUAAUGGCGUAGAAUGUCAGAAUGUGUGUGAAACUUUGCCACUGUACGGACAACGAGGACCUCGGAUCGAUCAUCGCAUACGCUCACAAGUGGAACAUCUCCGAGUCUGUCCUCGAUCGUCGUCAAUGCAUAUGCAUCCUCGAUGCUGGCCCAUGUCCUUAACAAUUUAUUCCAUGUCACUGGCUCAUCGAUGCCUUUCCCGUAUAUAUGACGAGUUCACAUUCAGCACGAUUCACAACGCUUCCUCAUUGCUUCCUCAGCACCUUUCACUUAGCUCAUCCUCACUGAGCGUCUCAUCAUUGGUGGCUUGGCGGGCCGAUCUCUCUGACUUGAAGGUGUGUUGCUCCACAUAUGACCUUGUCAUGUGUUUGCUGAAAUCCAAUAACACGAAUUCAUUAGCGCGAAAAUUAAUCAAGUCCUCCUGCACCGCAAGCGCAUCUAUGUUUAUCAAACUCGGCUCAAGAAGACGAUGGAAAUUUGCCAUUCGAGUUUCGUCUUCAGGUAUACCUCAUGUUGCACUCCAAUGCCACAGGGCGACUCACAUGACUGAAGGGGCAGGUCACUGACAUUCUUUCUGCGACCAACAACUGUUUAUUACUGCUUCUCAUCGAGAAUGUUCGUAUAGUGGCAACAACCUGUUGGCGAGAGCAGUAGAAGA